AUGUCCACAAAUAUUAUUCAAAUAUUGAUCUUAAUAUUAACAGGAUUAAUUAGGCCGUCUUUUCCGCCAAUUAUUUCCGUAGGCGAACUCGUUCCUGAUACUACACGUAAAGGAAAUGUUCCGAAAAAGGCUUCCAACGCGUUUUUUAUUUAUCGAAAAUCCUGUAUCCGGAAAAUGAGAGUUAAUGGGAUUUCUAUUCCUAUGCCAAAAGCUUCAAUUAUUAUAGGAGUAUUAUGGGCUAAUGAGCUACCAUUAGUGAAAAAUGAAUAUAAGCAACUGGCUGAAGAAGCAAAGGAACUUUAUAAUAUUCGAUAUGGCGUAAUUCACGAAAACAACGCAAAUACUUUGGAUGUGGCUACACCAAAUACAAAUAAUGCGACUAUGUCUAAUCCUGCGACUAAUACUAUGGAUAUGGCAUUGCCUACUAAUAUGAAUUGGGUUUGGUGUACUCCAGUUCAUUCAAUAAUAUCUCUUGAAUACAACUGCGACCACGUCGAAAGUGAGCAGACUGAAAAAUUAUCUGACUUUAUUAUUUUUAAUUCCAUAUCAACCGAGAAUGGCGUGAAUCAAAAUGACUUUUUCAUUUAA